AAAAUAUUGGAUAGUGUUUUGUUUCAGUUACAUUACGCGCUUGAUUAUCAACAGUUUUUCCUUAUCUAAAAGGCGGCAUGGUGUACUAGAGGUGUAUAUAAAAGGUCUUUCCCAACUCACAAUUUACCAUUGCUACUGGCAUUAUUUGGACUACUUUAGCGCACAAUGUCCAGACUUUGCUCAAUAAUUUUGACAUUAACCUGCAUAUGGACAUCAGGAUCCUGCAUGUUCUUGCCUGACCUACAAUAUGACUCAGUGUCCUUCAACAACCUUCCAUCGGAGACCAACUUUCAAAGAGAUGAAACCUUUUUAAGACUACUAAGCAACCUCAACCAAUUUCUGGCCGAAUCACAACGCAACGAAAGGAUAACAACUGAAGGUGACUUUGGAGUCGGUGCAAAGUUAAAACAAAUCUCGGAUCUGCAAAAUAUUCAGAAUCAUUACAAUGACUUGCUCAACCCAGACCCAUCUCAUCUGGCGAGCUAAACAGAUAGACCAAAUAACUGAUGCAAUGUAAAUGUUUCAGUGCAUGUACUAAAACAAUAAACAGCUACUUUGAAGAAACAAGAA